AUGAACGAGCUAACCGAGAACAACAACAAACAGUACCGAAUCAACAAACAGUUCGAUCACAGGCUACGAACCCUCACUGACACCAUAAAUCAAUUGACAAAAGAACGAGAACAAGUAAUGCUGAAUGAACUAGAAACCAUUAAAACCAUAAUGUACAUCGAUAUCAUCAACCAUGUUUUAGAAGAAAUUCAAGAAGCAAUCAGUUGGACUAAAGUAUCAGUAGUUAGCAACAAGAUUCUAUCAUCACCAGAGAUAAACUCCAUCAAAACCAUACUAGAAGACCAAGGAGUAAAAGUCGAAUUACCAGAUGAAGCGCUAAAGCUAGUACAACCAAUUAUCGCGAUCAACUCGAAUUCGAUACUCUACAUACUGAAGAUCCCUCAGCUAGCUGAUGAAGAAGCAACAAUGCUUGAAGUAUUUCCUCUCAGUAUCGAUAACAGAAUCAUAGUAGAGACUCCGACGCACCUUAUAAAAACACGGAACAAAGUGUUCAAACCAGCCAAACCUGAUGAAUACAUCCAAAACCAAUACAGGGAGUACAUCGAUAAAUGCACAUCCAAUCUCAUCCUAGGGAGAAAAAGCGAUUGUUCUACUGCAAGAAAGAACAACACGACGAUAAAGCUAAUAUCCGAUGGACUUAUCAUUGUCGACAACGCAAAAGGAGCAGCCCUAAGUUCAAGCUGUGGACCCGAUGAUAAACUCGUCUCCGGAAAUCUUCUGAUACGCUUCAACGAUUGCGAGGUAACGAUAAUGAAUCAAACAUUUUCUUCUAAGACUAUCUCCAGCACAGUAGAGCCAUAUUGGGGAGCAGUAUCCAUCACCGAAGUCAGAUGGCAACACCAUAAACCGAUGAUAAGGCAAGACGCAUUCGAGAACAUUGGAACGAUGCAGCAUUCUUAUCUCCAGCAGUUCAACAGCGCAUGGAAUUGGAGCCUACUUGGAGGAGUAUUGGUCUCAACAAUCUUCACGUUAUCCCUGGCGAUCUUCGUUUUCACGUUCUACAAACGAUCGAUACGGACCAUCGCAGACGUUCUACCGAAAAUAGCGGACGCAUGAGGACACGCUCUUCUUCACCCCCCCGAGGAGUUACGUAGACCGAAUAGCUGAGUCCACGUAAUAAGAAGCCAACACGUGGACACGCGCACCGAGCAACGACCGCAUCACCGGAACACGCGCGCAUAGCAACAUGACGCGCAUAGCAACGGGAACCGGCACGUGAACACGCGCAUACCCGAUAUGCAGAGUCAGCAGCUAUAGGGUAGAAUCGAAGGCUAGGUGCAUUGUAGAAUUUAAGAAAUAAGUUAGUUGUAAUUUGGAUCAGCUCAGUGUAAAAAACGCUUGCGCUUAAGCAAUAAAGUUUUUUUUUAUGAAACGUGAA